AUGUGCGGGGGCAGCCGCGUGGCCCACGGCCCCCACCAGGGUUGCCGCCCCACCCCUCCGCUGCCUCCCCCCUCCGCUCCCCCCCUGCCCACGGCCACGGCGACGCCGACGCCGACGCCGCCUCCGUGCCGGCGGGACGCCCAGCCCCCCAGUCCGCCAGCCGCCGCCGCCACAGCACGUGGCCAUCCGCGACGCGCCGCCGGUACCGCGUGCCCGCUACGUGAGCGCACGUCACGCCCCGACCGCUUGCGCCCGAAGACACGUGAGCGCGAUCCGCGACGCGCCGCACGUCGCAGCCGCGCAGACUUCGCCGACGUUGGCCGCCGUCCAAACGCCGCAGAUGCGUCGGUCGCCGCGUGUCGCCGUCGAGAAAAAUACGGGCGAAUGAAACUCUCGUCAAGAGUGACAGUGAAUUCUCUCGUGUUCCUACAAGAUGUGUUCUCCCCACCACUGCGUCUAGCUGUCUGCAACUAA